CCUAGGACAGGAAACCUCGUUGGAUAACACGGGAAGUGACCAAACUACCCUUUUCGAAUUACAACAAGGCUUUCUUUUCUGUCUCGUUCUCCUCUUUCUCUUUCUCUUUCUCUUUCAGGAACAACACAAACACAAGGAUGAUACCGCAACAGUGGGCUUCUCCAUGUGGAAACCAAUGCACCAAUAAAUACGCUGCCCUAACCAAAAUCCCAUGGCGAGUAUUCUGCAAAAAGGGUUGCGACUCAGAUGGAGAGACAUGGGAAGAAUGUUUGGAGGACUGCAAUCAAAUAUGCUACAAGGAUCCCGUACUAAAGGACCAGCAGUGGAGUGCUUAUAUUGAUCGUUCCCCUGGAGCUGCCAGUUAUUCAGAGGAAUGUUUUCAUGCAUGUGUAUCUGGCUGCGGUUACAAGUUUGAGGUUAAAUCAGAGGAAGCUGAUAAAGUCAGUCCUAACAGGCAACUGAAGCCGGAGACCAAGCCGAAGCCACAACCAAAGCCAAAGCCACAACCUGUAUGCCCCAUUGACCCGCCAAGUGAUAUACCUGAUACUUCUGCAUAGUGAAAGACAAACAUACAUAUUUGACAAAAUUCCAAAAUGUAUACUUGAUACUUUGUUGGCUAUAUGCUCAGGAAUUUUUUUUGUUUCAUUUUCUUUUUUACCUUGCAACUUGGUAAUUGUUAUCAGCAUGGGUUACUUACAUUUUGGGGGCAACACCAUGAGUGGUGGUUGUGCCUUUUUUUGCCUUGAGAUUUUGGAGGCAUCGUGUUGCCUUUAAGCUGGGAGCACUGAUAGUUGGAUACUAAGAGUACAGGACUUACAUGAUUUUACUGAGGAAAGUUGAUGUUCUAGGAAUUUAAAUUUGUGAUUUUUUUA